AUCACCAGUCGAGCAUAGGUACCGGCUACACCACCAAGAACGACUCUUUCUAUCGAGAUAAACAACACAUAGUACCGCCGCAAUGCCCAAGGAGAAAAACUACAACCCAGUCCAAGCCCAGCGCAAAGCUGACAAGGCCAAGGAAAUCAAGAAGGGAAAGGCGCAGCAGCAGGCAAAGCGAAAUGAACAGCUCGCGAGACGAAAUCCAGAAAAAAUCCAGCAGCAGAUCGACGACCUAAAAAAGAUCAAGGAAAAGGAGGGCAAGCUCACCUCCCACGAAGAGCAGGUCCUCGAGGCCCUCGAAAAGGAUCUCAAGGCUGUCAAGAAGGCUAGAGAGGCACUAGGCGACAAAGCGCCCACCUUCGGCCACGGACCACGACGCAAUGGAGCCCUCGGAAAGCGACGACGCGAGGACGAAGAGUCUAGCGACAGCGACGUGCCCCAAGAUGUCAAGAGGAUACCGAUGCCACGCGACACUCCCCCGCCUAUUCCCAAGGACGUUCUAGACGAGUGGUAUGCCAAGCGCAGGGCAAAGCGGGCUGCGAACGCGAACCACGAGCCAGUCGGCGAAGGCAGAGGACACCAACAGCAGCAACAGGGAGACCAGAAGACCGAGAAGCCAAAGGCUCCUGUGGUCGAGGUCAAGACUGUCUACGAGGCCAAGCCAAUGGUCCGCGAUCUUAAAAAGGAGGCCGUGAGCGCAUUCGUACCAACAAAUGUCCUGCUGAAGCUGGAAAAGGGCAAGGGCAAGGGAGGUCUUAUGGAACCAGAAGAAGCCGACGAACUCGAGAGGGCCGGUUACCUGAAGACCUCCCAGAGCGCCGGUCCACGUGGAGUUACCAUGGAAGAGGCGGAAGAAGAAGAAGACUAGAUGCCGCAUCGAAACCUUUCCGAGGGCGAAUAGGAGUCUGGCAUUUUAUGGUUCAUCAUAAUCGACAUGAUACCAACACAUCAAACCAUGCGCUUCGGCACGUGUUUACUGCCGAGAAACUCGGGGCUAACCAACCUGAUGGAAUAAGCUCCGCCUUGGCAUUCAAGAGUCGAGACCUAUGCAGCACACACUUCGCCCGAGUCCGCCGUUUAGCAUGAAAUAGCCCGUUGGCAUUUCAGCCAGAGAAAGGAAUGGACAGUGCCAAUUUUCCUUGUUUAGCCCAGCAACGGCUUG